UCUAUCUGACCUCCUCCAACUCUCAUGCUAGUCCGAAUUUCCUCCCUAAACCAGAAAACCAGUUUUUUUGGCUCCCGAAACUAUGCAAACCGUUUACUUUACAUCCUUUCGUGGUUUUGGCAGCGGUUUUAGCUGACGUGGACCAUCCGACGUGGAACUUGUCCGCGUGGGAUCCUACGUGGACAAGAGAGGCGCGCGUUAAAUAAUCGAUUGAAGCAAUACCCUAGCCCCCCCUCCCCGACGGAACACGCCGCCGCCGCCGCCCGCUCUCUGUCGGCCCUCCCUCCUCCUUCUUCUUCCCCCCACGAUCUCAAACCCUAGCCUCUCGCUGCCCACUACAAUGCGACGGUCCCUUUGCCGGAAGUGAAGGCGAGUACGAAGUUGCGGAGCUCGUUUCGCAGAAAUGGACAUGCUGGAAAUGCUUACAGUUAGAUUCCAUUUCAACGGGGAGUUUGUGAAUGAUGGCAAGAUUUUACAAUAUGUUGGAGGAAGUGAGCAAAUGUCAUAUAUCGACCGAGACAAAGUGUCCCUGCCAGAAGUCAUUGGUCACCUAAAAGACCAUUGUGCAGUUGAAGAAGGCACAUUGCUUCAUUGGUUAUUCCCUGGCCGAGAAUUGAAGAGUGGUCUUCGUGCUUUGGUUGAUGAUAAGGUGUGCAUUGAAAUGGCAGGUGUCACAUCUGAAGGAGAGGUUGCAGAGAUAUAUGUUGAAAGUCCAACGUUUUUACAGGAGUCAGAUAAUGGAAGUGGUAGAACAAGUAAUUAUGAGGAUGAGCUUGGGGAUAUGGAUGUGGCAGAUGAAGAAGAUACAGAGGCCGAAGAACCAAGAAGGCAAAUAGUGGUAAGGAAGUCAUGCAGUAGGGAGGAGAUUCAGAAACAACUUUUGGCACUUGAGGUGUUUUACACCAGCCCAAGCAAGAAAGGAAAGGAAAAAAAAGAGGAUGUGAGAGGAAAGAAAAAGGCUGCAUGUCCUGAUUCUAGCACUGAUAGUGAUUACCUGCCUGGAGAUACAUGCUCAUCAGAAGAUGAUGAAGAGGCUGCUGAGAUAUUGAAAAAUUAUAAAGAAUUCAAGAAGAAACAAAAAUCUGGGCAGAGGGCUACAUUGGAUGAUGUGGUACUGGAAGGGGCAGCACAUGCUUUUCCAGUUGGCUUUGAAGGAUAUGAUGAAGGAAAUGAAACCCCAUAUGCAGGUAGCAGUGAUGAUGAAGACUCUUUAGAAGAGAUUGGACCUAAUGGAGAGCUAUGUAGGAAGGAAGAUGGCUGCAUUAGAUACAAGAAGAAUGGGAAGCCACAGUUUCAGUUAGGUAUGAAGUUUAGAAGUAAGAAACAAUUCAAAAAGGCAAUUAUUAGAUAUGGACUAGCUGAGAGAAAGGUAAUAAAUUUUAUUAAGGAUGACCCUAAGAGGGUUAGGGCAAAGUGUGACUGGAGGCAUUGUCCAUGGGUGUGUCUUUUGUCCAACAAUUCUAGGAGUGAGAGCUGGCAGAUUGUGACAUUUGAAGACUAUCACACUUGCCCCCCUAGAAGAGAUAAUAGGCUUGUGACAGGGAGAAGGAUAGCAGAAAAAUAUGAGAAGUUCAUUAUUACUAAUCCAAGUUGGAACUUUGUAAGUAUGAAGGAGACUGUACAAGAAGAAAUGUUUGCUAAUGUUAGCAUCUCAAAACUUAAGAGAGCUAAGGCUUUGGUCAUGAAGAAGGCACUGGACUCUAUGAAAGGUCAGUACAACAGGUUGUAUGACUACCAAGCCGAGCUCCUUAGGAGUAACCCAGGUAGUACAGUAAUAGUGGUUAAGGAUCCAGAGUUUGAAGAGCCCAUCUUUCAAAGGAUGUACAUAUGCCUAGAUGCAUUGAAGAAAGGCUUCAUUGCUGGAUGCAGAAAGGUUGUAGGCUUAGAUGGUUGUUUUUUCAAAGGAGCAAUAACAGGAGAGCUGCUAUGUGCUAUAGGGAGAGAUGCAAACAACCAAAUGUACCCUAUUGCAUGGGCUGUGGUUGAAAGGGAGAACAAUGAUUCAUGGGAUUGGUUUUGUGACCUAUUAUUUAAAGACAUACAAGUUGGUGAUGGUUCUGGAUGGGUGUUUAUAUCAGAUCAACAAAAGGGCGUACUCAAUGCUGUGCGGAGAUGGGCUCCUAUUGCUGAGCAUAGAAACUGUGCUAGACACAUCUAUGCCAAUUGGAAAAAGCACUUCAGUGUCAAGGAGUGGCAGAAAUUGUUCUGGAGGUGUGCCAAGGCUCCAUGUCUGCUGCUGUUUAACAAAGCUCGAGCAAGGUUGGCCAGAGAUACAAUAGAUGGUGCUCAAGCUAUAAUGAAUACACAUCCAGAGCAUUGGAGUAGGGCUUGGUUCAGGACAUAUGACUAUUGUCUCAAUCCAUUAGAAGGAAUGAAUGGAUGGCCAGCAUCUGAUAGGCUCCCCCUUAAGGCUCCUGGUUAUGUUAGGAUGCCAGGAAGGCCAAAGAAGGAGAGGAGAAGGGAUUCUACAGAAGGUCCAAAGGGCACAAAAAUGUCUAAGAUGGGCACGGUCAUUAGGUGUUCAAAAUGCAAGCAGACUGGUCACAACCGAUCAACAUGUAAGAAGAGAUCUGCUGCACCCUCUCAAAGUCGUACUGAUCAAGUUCUUGCCCAAGGCAGUGCAUCUCACUCAGAAGCUGGUGCUGAAGCAGCUGCCUCUCACUCAGUUGGUGCUGCUCAAGCACCUGCAACUCAGUUAGGGAUCCCAGGUGGUGUUAGUCCACAAGCCAUUGUACCUAUGCCAAGCACACAGGGAAGCUACACAUCUACAAGUACAACAAGGAUCCCACCAAAAGCAGGAACUAAGAAAAGAAAGGCUCCAUCAGAUCCAUCUACAAGUGCUAAGGCCAUCAAAACAAGAGCUAGUGCUACAGUGGCUACUGGACCUGGUGGAUCAGCUACAAUUAAUCUGGUGGCCAAUGUUCCAAGACCUCAAGCAAGUUCAAGUGCCACCAUAAAUAUCUCCACAGGGACAGCUUCUGCCAGGGUCUCUGCAAGUGCACCAAAAAGCCAAGCCAAGCCUAGGAAGCCUAAGGCACCACCAGUUCUUUUCCUCCCUCCAUGGGAUUCUGCCAAGCUUUGA